AUGGCAGUCGGUACAGAAGAGCAGAUCACACAAUGGAAGAAAGAAAAGACAGUUGGUAUCAUCGGUUUAGGUGAUAUGGGGCUGUUAUAUGCUGAGAAAUUUUCGGAAGCAGGUUGGAAUGUUGUGGCAUGCGAUAGAGAAGAAUUGUAUGAUACUUUAAAGGAUAAAUAUGCCAAUUCCAAAUUUACUUUAGUCCAAGAUGGCCACAGAGUGAGUAGAAUUAGUGAUUUCAUCAUCUACAGUGUUGAAGCUGCUAAUAUUGAGAAAAUUGUAGCCCUUUAUGGUCCUUCUUCGAAAGUGAAUGCUAUCGUUGGUGGACAAACUAGUUGUAAAAGACCAGAAGUUUCUGCUUUCGAAAGGUUAUUACCUAGUGACACAAAAAUUAUAACUGUACAUUCUUUACAUGGCCCUAAAAUUAAUACCGAAGGCCAACCUUUGGUGAUAAUUGAUCACAGAUCCAACGAUAAUGGUUACUCUCUCUCAUUAGUGGAUUCCAUUCUAUCUUGUUUAAAAAGUAAACAGGUGUACUUAACAUGCGAUGAACAUGAUAAAAUAACGGCAGAUACUCAAGCAGUUACUCAUGCUGCAUUUUUGUCAAUGGGUAGUGCAUGGGCAAAAUCAGAAAUCUAUCCCUGGGAUACAAAGGAUAACAAAUGGUAUGGUGGUAUUGAAAAUGUUAAAAUUAAUAUCUCUUUAAGAAUUUAUUCCAAUAAAUGGCAUGUUUAUGCCGGUCUGGCAAUCACAAAUCCACAAGCACAUCAACAGAUUUUACAAUAUGCAACCAGUGUCACUGAACUCUUUACACUCUUUAUUGACCAUAAGAAGGAAGAGUUAACUGAAAGGAUACUGAAGGCCAAGGAAUUUGUAUUUGGAAAUCAUACAGGCCUACUACUAUUAGAUGAUUCUCUAUUAGAAGGAUUUUCCUUAUCAGAAAAGGGUAGGAAUUCAAAGAGUUGUGUACCAAAUUCUCAUUUAUCAUUAUUAGCUAUCGUCGAUUCAUGGUUCCAAUUAGGAAUUAAUCCAUAUGAUCAUAUGAUCUGUUCUACACCACUAUUUAGAAUAUUUUUGGGUGUCUCAGAGUAUUUAUUCUUGACACCUGGUUUAUUGGAUAAGACUAUUGAUGCCGCUAUAGACGAUAAGGCUUUCAGAAGUAUAGAUCUUGAGUUUGUUGUAGCAGCUAGAAAAUGGAGUUCUAUUGUAUCGUUUGAAAGUUUUGAUCUUUACCAAAAACAGUUUGAAGUUGUUCAGAAGUUUUUUGAACCUAUGUUCCCCACAGCUACCAAGAUUGGUAAUGAUAUGAUUAAGACGAUUCUAGCACAUUCUAAAAAGUGA